AUGAUUGGUGGGUCUAUGCAUUUUGGUUUGGUUGGGCUUGUGUGUUUUGCCAUUGCCUCUGCUAUUUGUUGUUCAAGUGUUGGAAGCUCCAACAACAUCAUGUGUUUGGAGAGUGAAAGGCAUGCUCUUCUCGAGUUCAAACAAGGCCCUGUGGAUGAGUCCAAUGCCCUUGCCUCUUGGAAAAGUGAGAAAGACUGCUGCAAGUGGAGAGGAAUAGCGUGCAACAACCAAACAGGUUAUGUCACCUCCAAUGUCAGUAGCAACUUUGUCCGUAUUGCUCUCCAUUCUAACAAACUUGAAGGUCCCAUCCCAGAUGUCUUUACAAGCAUGCUUUCUCUAGUAACACUAGAUCUCUCUUCGAAUCAACUUGAAAGUGGGAUACCAAAAGGCUUUCAAAACUCAUGCAGCUUAGAGUUGUUGGACUUACGUUUUAACAAAUUGUCUGAAAACAUUGACUCUGUAAAAACCUUGUCUUGUGCUGAGAACACACUUGAGAUGUUGAACUUGAAAUGGAACCAGUUUUGUGGAUCGUUGCCAGAUUUCACACGUUUCUCAAAGUUAAGCGUGUUAGAUCUUUCCAAUAAUCAACUAAAUGGGUCUGUAUCCGAGAGUGUCGGGCAACUCUUUAGCCUUGAAGGGCUAUAUCUCUCCGAGAAUUCUUUGACUGGUGUCAUAACAAAAUCCGACUUUCUGAACCUCUCUUGUUUACUGGAUUUGGAUCUUUCUAGUAGUCGUUUCUCUAUCAAUCUGAGCUCUGAUUGGAAUCCGCCAUUUCAGCUUGACUUGUUAGACAUGUCCUCUUGCAAGGUGGGCCCAGCUUUUCCCAAGUGGAUUUUAACGCAGACAAAUCUUACUUUGCUUUCUCUCUCUAAUGCUGGACUAUCAGGAUCAUUACCUAUCAAGCUUUGGGAUCUAUUUUCUGGUUUAGAUGACCUAGAUCUCUCUAUGAACCAAAUCCAUGGGAAACUGCCGAAUCUGUCAACAAGCUUGGGUACUAUUGACUUGUCUUCUAAUAUACUAUCUGGUGCAUUGCCAUCAAUAUCAUCUCCGACGCUUGAGUAUUUGCUCCUCUUGAACAACAGGUUUUCUGGGCCCCUGUCUUCCUAA